AUGACAAAGCACCUAUUGCCAAGGCACGAGCUCCAAUCUACGCUUGGCCAAAGCCAUGUUGCCGAAGACGUGGCCAACGCAGCAAAGAAGGGCGAACCCUCGACGGCCAGCGGAUCUUUGCUGGAGGUGCGCCAGGCUGCCGAGCGACUACGCCUGGCUUUGAAGCUCCAGUCCAUCACAGCAAGACAUUCCGAGGAGAAAACGCAAGCAAUGGAAGAGGAAAUCAAGAAAAGCAACGCUGAGAUGAUCUCGCUACGGGAGGCCAUCGAAGACGUGAUCAACGACGGCGGCCCACCUCUGGCGGGUCCUUACGGGACUGGCCGAGCGGAAGUGGGAAGCAACAGGAAGCUUUUCUAUUGCUCUGACUGCCGCGUGGGCGGUCACGGACAGCGUUUCUGCAGAUAUCUGCUAAAGAGGCCGAACUGGAGAAUAUACCCCAGCGAAAAAUGGUUCGAAGAUCGAAAUGGACAGGUCAGCCAUUGCCCUUUGGGGAAGAAAGCCGUGGACUUCACGGAUGAGACCUAUUUCAGCCGUAUUGCCAUGCACAUCAAAGGUCGAAUCUGGCUGGAAGACAAGCGAAAGCUGUACGAGUUUGUUCCAGACCUGAUGCCCUAUACGUAUGUGAUCCAAAACAGGCAAUGGGUUGGAGAAGUCCCAUCGACACCUGCAGCAGAUGCUCCUCCGUGGCCAUGGUUUCUGAAGGAGACAGACAGAAACUGGGGCACUAGCGUAGUGUGCUGCGCCUCUGCAGAAGAGUGCUUGCAGAAAGCCAAAGACGAUGCAACCUAUGUGGUUCAAAAGCACAUUCCGGAUCCUCUGUUGUACUACAACGGCGAGAAAUGUCACAUCAAGUUUUACAACUUGCUCGUGGGUAUGGAUGACGGGGUGACGUGGCGCCUCUACACGUACAAGGAUGGCUAUCUUAGUAUUUCUCCGAAGCCGUGGUCCCCGACUGACUUGUCUAAGGAAUGCCAAGUAACCAUCAUUCGCACCAAGCGCAUCAACGACUGGCCAUACUGGGACAAGGUGUACCCGAAAUGCCAGGCUGGAGUGGCUGCUGUGGUGAAGCGUGCCGCAGAGCAGGGCAAAUUAGAAGGUCGCAACAAGAUCCAGUUUGAAAUCAUCAGCGCUGACUACAUUGUCACUGCCAGUGAGGACGUGUACUUGCUCGAAUUCAACACAGGACCUGUCCUGAAAGAUCCAGAAGAUUCUCCAGAUGUCCACGACGCAGGGAUGGUCGAUGGAGCGCUGCACAUCGUCGAGCCCUGGGAGGGUGGGAGCCCAUGCUUGUGGGACUUGGCAUUGGAGUGCAAGGGAGUGCAGCCCAAGCCGGAGGAGCUCUAUGCAGGAGACAGUUGA